UAUUGCCCUCCUCGGGAACAUUGUCAAAAUGUGUUACUUAAGUGGCUGAGACCAAGCCUAAGGUGGAAGAGCAUUCACUCUUGACUUGGUGCUGGGAAACUUACUUCAUAAGGAAUUGCAAGGAAAACAAGCAGGAAGGAAAAAAAAAAAAAUCUCCUAUGUGAGGAUGGCUGCUAACAGGCAAUUUCAGAACGGGAUGAGUUCUGUGCAUGCAGGCAUAGGGUCAAAAAACCAACACUUUGGCAGAAAAGGAAAGAGCCCUUGAGGAUAUUCAUCUGAAGCACAGUUCUAUCUGAAGAAGGUAGGGCUGCCCAUCUAAAUUCUUGAUGAAAGGAAGGUAAAGUUGAGAGUAUCAUCAGCUUGUAUGUAGCCUACUUUCUGAAAUUAGUUCCUGUAACUAUUUUCUCUCAAGAAUUCUAUUCUAUUAAGAAUGAGAGUGACAAGCAUUCAGAGAGGAAGAGAUUUAAGGUAAUGCUGGGUAAGCUCAGCUGGUGUGGAAGGUGUUGCAGUCUAGGACGAGCUCUAGAAACAGGAGUUUGUAGAGUUUCAUGGAGGGAAGGGUACUUAAGUGGACAUAUGAGAAUAUUACAUUUAAACUAGAAAUAAAAAGCUGGUACUGCACAAUCUAUAUAUUUGGAACCUAGGAUAUACUUUGUAAAGAGAACCUUUCUAGAAAGGCACUAGGGAGGGAAUCAAAGAUGUUUUAGAAAGAAUUUAUUUUUUUCCUUUUAAAAGAUAAAAGACACUUUGCUCCUAUUUUCAGAUAUAUCUUUAUUUUCUUUUGGAUGGAUACUUCUAAAUGCCUUUGUCCUUCAACAUAGUUUGCUCUUUAGCCUUUUUUUAGGAAUCUUUAUUAACGUUGGCUGGUUGUACCUUGAGCCCACCUUGCACACGAUGCUUUUCUGUAUUUUGCCAGUUCUUUGGGCAGGGUAAAAUGGCAGUGACAUCAAAAUGACUAGAUCGACAGACCUAGAUGGAUACCUAUAAGUUCAUGUGUCCUGAAUGUAUGCAAUUGCAAACAAAAAUAAACUGGGUAGAGUUUAUGCUUGCUGCUUUGCACUUGCUUCCUUGCACUUUUUUUUUUUUUUUCUUAAAGUGUACCACAAUUAUCCUUCAUGCAGAAUAUCCUUCAGAGUUUUGGGAAGUGCAUCUUUGAAAAAAUGUGUCAGUGCUUGUGCGUGGGAUUUAAGGUACGAUGAUGCUAGAACUCCAGGAGAGGGUAACUGAACUGGAAAACUGGAAGGAUGGCAAAGGCCUUAUCAUCUAUGGUGCAGGAAACACCUUUUGCUCAGGAUCUGAUUUGAAUGCAGUCAAAGCAAUAUCCAACUCCCAGGAUGGGAUGAAUAUGUGCAUGUUUAUGCAAAACACCUUAACCAGACUUAUGAGAUUGCCUUUGAUCAGUGUUGCACUAGUCCAAGGAAAAGCUCUCGGAGGAGGAGCAGAACUUACCACAGCGUGUGAUUUCAGGUUGAUGACGCCUGGGAGUGAAAUUCGAUUUGUCCACAAGCACAUGGGUCUGGUGCCAGGCUGGGGAGGAGCCGCCCGGCUGGUGCGGAUCGUGGGCAGCGGGGCUGCCCUCCGGCUGCUGAGCGGGGCUGCCGGGGUGGACCCCGAGAGGGCCAUGUGCUUUGGGCUCUCGGAGGAGACGCUGUCCUCUUCAGAUGAAACCGGAGCGUUAGAAGAAGCCCGAGCCUGGCUGAGUCAGUACACAGAGGGUCCAGCCAGUGUGAUUCAGGCUGUGAAAAAGGUGGUGACAGCGGGAAGAGAGCUGCCACUGGAAGCUGCCCUAAGGACAGAGAAGGACGUUUUCGGGACUGUAUGGGGUGGGCCUGCCAAUUUGCAAGCAUUGCUUAGAAGACCAAAACAUAAAUGACAGUCAAUGCGUAAGAAAUGGUCUUGACCUUUUUGCAAACUAAAGCUUUCACUAAAGUAGUCAUUAAACUGAAUCAUUUAAGAA